GUCAGUAGGGUGAAGAAAUUAACCAAUAGUAUUGCGAGUCGUGGAGUAACAGCUCCGGGGGAUGCAACCCGCUAUAGUUUGUCACCUACGGAUCAGCUGUGCCAGUGUCGUCUGAUAGAGAGCCAGGAGGCUGUUGUUAGUGCAUCUCAAGGGAGGCAAGAGCUAACCACCAAUAUGGCCACAGCACAGUCAGUCUUAAUGUUAGCAGUAUGCAUUCUCAUGAUAACUGAGUUCAUACUGGCCCAGAGGGACUACUAUGACAUCCUAGGUGUGCCAAAAGAUGCCGCCGAGCGCCAGAUCAAGAAGGCCUUCCAUAAGCUAGCCAUGAAGUACCAUCCUGACCGAAACAAGAGUCCUGGCGCAGAGGCAAAGUUCAGGGAAAUAGCUGAGGCGUACGAGACAUUAUCAGACGAUAAGAGGAGACUGGAGUAUGACCAGUUUGGACAUGGCCCCUCCCCUGGUGAGCCAGGCACAGGAGGUGGGAGGAGUGGACAGCAUUUCCACCAGAACUUUAACUUCAACUUUGAUGACCUGUUCAGAGACUCUGACCUGUUCGGUCAUAACCAGCACUCCCAUCAUGCCCAGCACAAGAGGGCCUUCAACAGCCACUUCCAGGCCCACCAGGAGGCCCAGAACAGGCACAAGAGACACUUCCAGGGUUCCUUUGGUGGAGAACACUUUGAUGACGUGUUUGAGGACAUGGAGAAGAUGUUCUCGUUUAACGGACACACGGGCGGGGCGGACAGCCGGUUCCAGGCCUCAGCAAAACAACACUGCAGGACAGUGACACAGCGCAGAGGGAACAUGGUCACCACAUACACAGACUGUUCUUGAUUUAUUAUCACCAGAAACAUAUUCCACUACUCACUGGGUAUGAGUUUAGCUAUCGCGGGUAUUUUGGAAUUACUGUUAAUUUAACACUUUGUGGAACAUGAUUUUGGGUGGUUUUGGAAAGAAAGAGAAAAAGUGUGCUAUAAAUGUGUUGAUGCCUAUGGGCCAUAAAACAAACUGUUCUCAAGCAAUACCUUUCACUCAUUUUGGAUAUACAUAAGCCCAGUUUAAUUAUUAGGUUCUUCCUUCUGGAUAGCAUUGCAUGUUACGAUGCCUCCAUUUGGAUUUCAAUUGACUUAGUUUACAUCGUGCUAAGCACCGGCUCUCCCAUUUCUCAGGUUCUCUAUUGGCUUCCAUCUUUGUUUGAGAGUAGCAAUUGUGUUGAGUUGAAGAAGAAAAAAUAAGCAUUUUAUUUCCUGUCCUUUCUAUUUUCCUCCUGGAGCAUUAAAAUGUUAAACUGCUAAAUGACUUAAAUGUAAAAUUGCUAUGCAAAACCAAAGCAAUUCUCUCUUUCAGAAAGAGUUCUUCCAAUAUCAUGACAAAUUCAGUGUUAUAGCACGUUUAUAUUGCUUAUGCCUUGUAUUUUUAGAGCUGUUUCAUUUGAUUGUGGACUUAUUACUUCAUUCUCCCCAGUGUGUUAAGUUGCUGUCACUUACUUCAAGGCCCAUCUUAAACCUUUCCCGGUUAGGAAUAGAGCACAUGAGUUGAAUCUCAUCGUGAAGUUGAAGAGAACCUAGCUAUAUACAUGUAUUUAACAUGGUUAUACACCAUUAUCAACUGUUACCUCUUGUUUUUGUUUCUGCAAAGUGUGCCUCUUCUGCCAUUUUAUUAUGUGCAAUAUUUGCAGUCUUUGUUCUCUGUUCUGUUGUCUCUUACCUCGACUUUGCUGCCUGAUUGUCAUUUUGUGUGAAACCAAUGUUCAGUUAUUGACUGCUGUCUGCACUUUGUUAAUCCUAAGUAUGAUCUAUUUUUAAAUAUUGUAAGGAUGAGGAUUAGUACUUGUUUAGAAAUAAAAAUGUAUUUACUCUAAGGUC